AAGCUUGUAAGCAUAAAUACAUUUUAAUUAUACAUACUGUAUAUGAGAACUUAUAAGGAUAACUAAAAUAAGUAUAUUUUAUUUAUAUAUAUUUUAUAUAUAAAAUAGAAAUACAUUUUAUUUAAAUAUUUUUAUAUAACUAAAAUAUAAGAAAAAGCUUGUAAGUAUAAAUAAAAUACAGUAUUGUGCAAGUUUUAUGCACUUGUGAAAAAUGUUGCAUAGUGAGAUAUCUUCAAAAAUAAUGCCAUAAAUAGUUUUCAUUUAUCACUUAAUGUCAUACAAAGUCCAGUAAACAUAAAAAAAAAGCUAAAUCAAUUUUCGGUGUGACCACAUUUGCCUUCAAAACAGCACCAAUUCUCCUAGGUACACCUGGACACAGUUUUUCUUGGUUGUUGGCAGAUAGGAUGUUCCAAGCUUCUUGGAGAAUUCGCCACAGUUCUUCUAUCUAUUUAUGCUGUUUCAAUUGCUUCUGUCUCUUUGUGUCAUCUCAGACUGACACGAUGUUCAGUGGGGAGUUCUGAGGGGGCCAUGACAUCUGUUGCAGGGCUCCCUGUUCUUCUAUACUAAUCUUUUUUUUAUUUGCAAAAGUAAUGUUUGGGAGUCUAACAUUUAUAUUUCCUAUUGACACAUUAAAGCUGAAGAUAUAAAUAACCAUCUUAAGACAAAUGCUUUUGUGAAAAAUCUUAUGUGCCUAAGACUUUUGCACAGUACUGUAUAUUUUUAUAUAUAAAAUAUAAAAAUAAAAUAUACUUUUAUAUUUAUAUAACUAAAAUAUAAGUAUAUUGUAUUUAUAUAUUUUUAUAUAUAACAAAUACAUUUUAUUUAUAUAUUUUUAUAUAAAAAUAUAUUUAAUGUAUAUUUACACACACACACACACAAAUAUAUAUAUAUAUAUAUAUAUAUAUGUAAUAAAGAGCUGGGUGACUAUAUUGUUUGACCUUUAAUGUGACACUGCAGGAUUCUGCAGAAUGUUGUGUGAGAUGAACUAAAAUUAAAAACUAUUGCACACGAAGCUGUCUGUACUGCAAACGCGCAAUGUAGACAGCUUCCUUCUUGUAUUAUUUUGAGCGUCCUGGUCUUGUCGCGUCGCUUGUUGUGUAAAAUGUAAAUUUCCCCCUCACAUACAUGCUGUUCAGAAGGGUGGGGUUGCUGAAAGGCUCCGAUUGCGCCUGCUCGGUGUGGGGGUCUGGAGGGGUGUGCUCGUGCUGCUCAUAGGCGCAGACCAAUGGUUUAAAUCCUACACAUGCGUAUUGGAUUUCGGGGUUCAAGGGAAUACGCCAUAUUGGAAACACUGUAUAGUUUAGCUAACAGUUUAUAGCUAGCGGGGGGAAAGGGCCACUAUUUGAUUCCCGUUGCUUGUGGCGUUUGGCACUUAGUUAUUUUCCCCAUCAUUUCGUGUAACCCAGUUUACAGGCAGACUCUCGCGGUCCGGAAUCAAAGUUGUCCGCUGAACGGAGGGGAGAAAGGCGUUCUUCUGCUUGACAGGGCUGUUAAAAGAGAAGUUGAAUGGAUCCGAGGGUCGCUUGGAUUCAGCCGGAACAGAAAGGUCCUGCGAACGCUUUAUGGAUGCGUGUGUGGGAAACGUCUCAGGUAAACCGGACUAACACUGGUCAGCACCAGAACCAACUAUACCACAACCUCUGUGUCAAUUCUCCAGCGUUUGACGUGUAUAAGAAUGUAGCGUCUGGCAAAGGCGUUUGCAACAGCCCUGCGUCUGCUCCAUCCAGCAGCCAUCAUCAGAGCAAUGCAAACAGCACUCGUAUUAAAAUCAACGGCACUGCGACGUUACCGAACUCUACGUCUCGUGCGUUAAAUGGAAACGCGGUCAAGGUAGGUAUAGGGGACGGUGAAAUGUCGUCAUCAGCGGAUUCAACAUCAAGCUGCUCUAAAAUAAGGACUACAAGCCCCAAUGUGAUCGCUGGGAAUAUGAACAAGGCUGCCGGUGGCGCCCAUCCGUUUUUUAGCUGCAGCGAGUGCGUACUGAAUAAUGUCAACCACCAACACCACCAUCAUCCUCUUCAUCCACGGCUUUUCCAUCAAGAGCAGCAGCAAGGCUGUUUGAAACGACACCCGUCCCAUCCUGCAGCGAUACACAACCACCAUCAUCAUCAUCACCACCAUCACCCGGGCCGCAGGAAAAGCGAUAAUAAGGCCAGCACCUACGGGAUCAACUACUUGCUCUCCAACUGGGCUAAUGGCAAUUUUGACAACUCCGGCACGCCUUGGAAGACGAUGAAAUAUAACCCAGGAGUGGACGGGCUGCAUGAAGAAAUCAUGGACUUCUACAAUUUCAUGUCUCCUCGUCCUGAGGAGGCCACCAUGAGACAGGAGGUGGUGGACAGAAUAGAAUCAGUCAUCAAGGAAUUAUGGCCAACCGCUGAUGUCCAGAUUUUUGGAAGCUUCAGCACCGGGCUUUAUCUCCCAACCAGUGACAUUGACCUGGUGGUGUUUGGGAAAUGGGAGAAACCUCCCCUGCAGCAAUUGGAGCAGGCCCUCAGAAAACACAGUGUGGCAGAACCCUAUUCCAUCAAAGUUCUCGACAAAGCUACAGUACCAAUCAUCAAACUGACUGAUCAAGAGACAGAGGUGAAAGUAGACAUUAGUUUCAAUGUGGAAACGGGCAUCAAAGCUGCUAGCUUCAUCAAAGAAUAUGUCAAGAAGUAUACCGUGCUGCCUUAUUUAAUCUUCGUGCUGAAGCAGUUCCUCCUACAGCGAGACCUAAAUGAAGUCUUCACAGGAGGAAUCAGCUCCUACAGUCUCAUCCUGAUGGUCAUCAGCUUCUUGCAGUUACACCCAAGAAUUGAUGCUAGGAAUCCCAACAUGAAUCUUGGCAUUCUGCUCAUUGAGUUCUUUGAGCUCUAUGGGAGACACUUCAACUACUUGAAGACGGGUAUCAGGAUAAAAAACGGUGGUGCCUACAUGGCUAAGGAAGACAUCAUGAAGGCUAUGAGUAAUGGCUACAGGCCCUCCAUGCUCUGUAUAGAGGACCCUCUCCUUCCAGGUAAUGAUGUAGGCAGAAGCUCUUAUGGGGCGAUGCAGGUAAAGGAGGCAUUUGACUACGCGUAUAUAAUUCUGGGUCACGCUGUCUCACCCCUUGCACGUUCCUACCCCAACAAAGACAGUGACAGCACUUUGGGACGCAUAAUUAAAGUCACACAGGAAGUAAUCGACUACAGGGAGUGGAUCAUAAAGAAGUGGGGUGGCAGACACAACUCCCGCAUCGAGAGGAACCCAGGUCCAUCCCAUAAAGACUCAGUAGAGCAGGUGGAGUCUAGUACACUACUAUGUGUAGGUGUGGAGGACCAGCAGCAGAGGGACUCUGUGUCUCCUCACAGUGCAGAUUCACCCAUGUCCCUCUCCAGCCCUCAACAGCACUCCUCGGCCUCUUCUGCGUCCUCACUUUCAGGCAGUGACAUUGACUCUGACUCCACACCGUAUGUCGCUCCACCUGUAGCCCCCUUUCCUCUCCAGAUUCUGGCACCUGGUCCCCUGCCACCUGCACUUCAGAUGGGCACAGGCAAAGCCAGCAUCACGACAGCACUCACUAUGCCCCCAGCCACCCAGGCGAGAGGCAGUAUUUCGAUCCACACUUUACCUGGCAGACAGUUGUGUAUGGCAGAUGGACCACCCCCAUACCUCAACAUGCCCCCCCCUGCAGUCCCCCUUGCUCCCCCCAGCCCACUACCCAGUCCCCAUCACCAUCCAAAGACAGGUCCCAAGUUCCCUCUGAAGGGCUUCCACAAUCCCGCCGUGCUGCACAGCCCUGUCCUUUCCAACCGAGGCCACAUUCAGUACAACCGCAACACUUGGCGGCGCAGGAAGCGGGACAGUCUACCGGCCAGCGUCAGCCGAUAAAGAUGACGCCGCUCCCCUCUGGACGCUACCUUUCCACUUGUUUCCUCUUCCACUCCACUGGUCCUGUCUUAAAAUGAUGAGAACUCAUUGAGCUCUCCUACUGAUGGAGUGAGGGCAGAGCAACCAGCGUUUGAAACCCAACUCUUCGUUCAGUAGUUGUGGUGAUGGUGGUGCUAAGUUGGUCAGUCUGCCACUGAAUCUGUGCCCGUGUAAAUUUUUCUUUUUUUUUUUUUUUUGUUUUUUUUUUGGACCUGUGCAGUCUUCCCGAGGAAGCUUCAAGAACAGGACAUUUUUCGGUCAUCUACCCCACAGUUCCCUGUUCACAGAUGAAACAUUCCUUUUUUGUGUGCGUGUCAUUCUGUUUUUUCCUGUUUUCACGUUUUCAGCCUAAAGGGGACACCCUCCACAUAUGGGACAAGAUUCAGAGGAGUUGAGUGUUGCAUAUUUGUUGUAUCUGUGUUUCCAAGGUGAUUGCCACUUUUUGUGUAUGUGUGUAAUGCUGGCUUCAAAUCCUGCACUCAGGAUGCUUCCAGAGUCCCCACUAUAUUGACUAUAUGCAUGAAGCAACCUUGACCUUUUUGUGCAAUAACUUCUUAAUUUCUCGUUUUUUCAUUCACUAUGGAAACAUAUUGAAUUUUUUGUUUUGUUGUAUUAGCCUUUUUUUUUUUUUUGCUCGUUUUGUAAAACGGUUUUUAUUUUUGUAGUGUUUUUAAUUUUUUUCAUUGUUUACAGAUCCUGUCAAACAGGACAGUUAAAAGUCAAACUGUUUAAAUUCCUUUCUCCCUUUUUUUCUCAGCACUGGUUGCACCCGUAUAAGAGCACGUUCAAGUGGCCAGUGUAGAUCUUGCAGAACGACUUCCCACCCUAUAUGUGGUGCCAUUUCACUUUUUUUUGUGAACCCUUAUUGAGCAGAGCUUUUGACACUCGGCUGUUUAGUUUUAUGUGUCUCUUAUUUGUCUUUAGGUUGUGGAUUUGAAGCGGUGAGGCCGUAAGAGUAAGGCUCCUCAAUUUGUGUGCAGAAAUGAUCCAAAAAGUUGGUUGUAUGCCUCGAUCUGAAUCCGCUUUCAUUUAUAUAGGUGUAUGUGUCUGUCCGUCCAUUUUAAAUUGCUAUAGGUAAGUGUGAGAAGAGAGAAUUGUUUUAGGGAAGUUCUACUGAACGUGCGAGCAGACUCCAGAUCAAUGCAGCUUUAUGCAAGGUGCCCUAAUCUGACCUUUUCGGACUUCUGAACAGGCAUCCAAAUUUAAGCAGACUAGUGGAGAACGGGAAUUUAUUUUGAUUCCUUUGUGGAAUCUUUAUGUGCAUUUAUUGCCAGGUACUUGCGCUAAUAUAUGCCUUUUCGGUAAUUACCUAUUCCUGUACUGUAUUGUACUGUAUAUUUUCUGUUUGUAUAUGGCACACUACAACUGUAUUGCUGUUGCUCAGAACGUCACAGGCAUACAGGUUAUUGUUACUAUGCAAGUGGAGUUUUGAAAAUCUCUUCCUGUGUCCUUCAUGAGAGCUUGUAAAUCUUGUCAAGGGACAAAAACGGAGUACCAAUAAUGGACCGGGGCCUGAGAGAGCAAUGCGUUCAGAUGGCUCAUCAAGGUACAUUUGUCUGUUUUAAAGGGGAAAACAACCAAACGUCUUGUUUGGAAUAUCCUUCUGUUGCCGCCUUGAACUGAAAUUCCUCUGCAGUGCAAGUUUUCUUCCUGGAGAUCAACUGGACUAAAUGUACUGCUGAUACAAUGCUACAACCAUGUUAAUGGCAACUUUCAAAAAACACUUUGAACGCCUCCUGCGCUCUGUAUGGAAUGAGUUUGAUUGCCACAAACUUGUUAUGUGAAGUAUUUUACAAAGUCAUAUCUGAUAUAGACUCAUAAGAACUAUAAUGAGCUGCAGGAUUGUCUUUGUAACUCUUGACUCACCUGCCUAUAAAUGCAAUAGGGCAAAUGUAACUCUAAUCGCAAUUUGUGCUUUUAGAUAGAACCAGCAUCUUUUGCAAAGUUGGUUAGACAUUGAGGCAACUCCUAUCAUCCCCGUGAGGACUCGAUGUGUACUACUUGAUAGUUUGCCCAAAUGAAAAUCUCCCUCCUUUCCCUGAGUGAAUCUGUGGAGAUGUGUUGGAAAGUUGGAAGUGUAUCACUCUGUAAUGGUUUAACCUUUGUGGUGAUGUACUGCUAGAUACAGUGUGAUACUCCUCAUUGAAUAUCAAUGACGGAUUUUAAAUGUAACCUUUUUUUUUUUUUUCUUCUGACGUCUGUUGUGUCACAGUGGCCAAAAACACUCCUGAACUUGCCGGUCCUUACAUAGAUAGCCCUCAGUGUGGCCGCCCAGCAUCCAAGAAGUCAGACGGAGGAAUUGAUUUUGUUUUCCUUCAAUAUUUUUAUGUCCUUUUUUUUUUUUAUUUUAUUUUUUAAAUAAAUGUUUUAAAACAUUUGUCGUCACACUUUUUCCUUAUUGUUCCUUUAGUAAAUGGCUAUAACA